UGACAAGAUACUAAGUAGUUGGAAGUUAGCAGUGGUAUAAUCAUUUUUUAUCUGACAUCAUGUUUUUCUUCUUGUUGUUUCAGUUGGUAGCAAGCUUUGUCUCCUUGAGUUUUGGAAUACAGGAUAAUGAGCCUUCUUUAUGGGAAAAUAAUAACAUUGAACCAAGAUGGGAAGAUAACAGCACAAAAGACAAUGCUGCUGAAGAAGUACAUGUGCUCCCUGAGAUACAGAUCAAUAAAGAAAUCCAAAAACAAGACAACCGGCUUGAACAUCAACAAACCAAGAAGAAAAGUGUGUAUACGUGUAAAUGUGUAACAAUUUAUCCAAACAAGAACAAGAGUAAGACUGGAAGAUCAAAUCUGAGAAAAGUAAAUUCUAAUCAGAGAUCCCCAAGAAGAAUCCAAUCUAAUCCUUAUGCAACGUUGCAAACUCCUACAGCUACUUGGACAGAUAUGGAUGAAGCAGGGUUUCUGGAGAUCGAGAGGAAAGAUGGGCAAGAGAAAGUAUCUGAAAAGAUUGAUGAAGAUACAACCCCUCCUUCCAUUACUUCAAAUAGAACUGACUAUUUUGAUUGGUUUGGUAUACUAGGUCUUUUUCAUAAAAUUGUCCUCAGCCAGGCUGAUUUAUUUUCAAAUAAUUUGAAUGGAACAGAACUUGGAUCUGGGAGUUCUAAUAUCUCUUCCUCCAGUCAGAUUAAUUCUAUUGGAGAAUUACAUAAUAGUACUUGAGAGUUCUUAUAGAAAUG